ACAUUAGGACAUCCUGUUUGCUGUCCAACAUCAACUUGGCGACCAUUAACUUUAUUGUACGAACAGGACCAAAAAAAAAAAACUAAGCCGAGUUAAACUUACUGAGACAUUGCAGUCAUUGCAAUGGUCAAUGUAUAAAUCAAAUUAAAAGUGAUAAAAAGUGAUAAACCUUGCUAUAUCAUUAUUUUGUAAGCCAGAUUGAUGUAUUAUUUGUAUACAUUAAGAAAAAUAUAAUUGUUGGUAAAGAUGCGUGAUGUGGAUAUGCUUAGGUGAAUAAUGUCCUGUUUCGUCCGCUAAGAAUUCUGUUUACGGUUGCUUACAGAGUAUGUGCUGAUGUACUGGCUGUCCUCUGUAAACCCAGUCAUAGACAAAGCCGUGGACAGUCAGAGCUAUGUUGCCCCUUAAGGAGAAGGACAGGACAAUUGUACAGACUCUGCUGAAAGCAGGCUGUUGCCCACGUUGUGUGCUUCGAUUCUGUUGUGUGGGUCUGCAGUCUGCCUACAGACAGCCAUAUCAGAUUCUGGAGGAUGAACUGCACCGUUUUGCCAAACCAGAUGAAAGUAGUAACCCUACUGCUGCAGCAGAAGAAGAGGAGGACCCCCCUUGUAAAAGAAUUAAGCUGGAGGGAGCAGAGAUCAGUGUAGCUGGUGAAAAGGGAACUGCUAUACCCCUGCCUGGGGACAGCUUUGACACCCAGAAAAAUGAGCAAAACGUUUGUGUGGUGUGUUUGGGAGUGCUUCAGGACUUCUGUGACAAAGACUUUGCCCAAAAAAUGUCCCGGGCAGUGGAUUCCGCUGGCUACCAGUUCAACAGUCUAGUUGUGUCAGUGUCUCUUCCACCCCAGCUGUCCGUGAGAGAGCAUUCUGUAUGGCUGCUAGUAAAGAAGGAAGUGGGGCUGAAGGGACUUUGUCUGGGAAAGGAUGACGUAAUCCAGAUCAAGGAGGCCUACAAGUGGCUAAUCCACCCUUUAAUCUCUCAAGAGCUUGGAGUACCUGUCAACGGCAAGAGCUCCUUUGAAGUGAGCAUAGCCUUUAUACACCCUGAGACUGAUGGGGACUGCCAUUUCCUUGCUGCUGCGUGCUCCGACUGCUUCAAACCAGCCAAGAACAAACAAUCUGUUUUCACAAGAAUGGCGGUGAUAAAGGCUUUGGAGAAGAUAAAAGACGCGGAUUUCCGCAAACAGUUUCCCUGUCCUCCAUGCCCCCCGGUUACAAAAUGUGUUGCCCAGGAUAUCCAGUGUCUUCAUUCCCCUGUCUUUAUUGCUGGCAGAUACAACAAGUAUUCCCGGACACUCCCGCAGACUCCCUGGGUGAUCGAUGGAGAAAGGAAAAUGGAGUCCUCUGUGGAGGAACUCAUCUCAGACCAUCUCCUGGCCACCUUCAGGGCUGACGGGUUUAAUUUUUCAUCUUCAGGAAGGGAGGAUGUUGAUGUUCGCACCUUGGGGAAGGGAAGGCCCUUUGCAGUUGAAUUACUUAAUCCUCACAGAGCAGUGUUCACGAAAGAUGAGAUCAAGAAGCUUCAGGAGACAAUCAAUAAUUCUUCUUCUGAAAAAAUAAAAGUACGGGACUUACAGAUUGUAACAAGAGAUGCAGUGGGUCAUAUGAAAGAAGGAGAGGAGGAGAAAACUAAAUCAUACCGUGCUUUAAUAUGGACUGAGAGACCUAUUCAGGAACAUGAUAUAGAAUUCAUUAAUGACAUUAAGGAGUUAAGAGUAAACCAGAAGACUCCCCUCAGAGUCCUACACCGGCGGCCCCUGGCUGUGAGACAGCGUGUCAUUCACACCAUGAAGGCCCAGUUUCUGGACGAGCACCACUUUCAGCUUCACCUGAGGACACAGGCAGGGACCUACAUCAAAGAGUUUGUCCAUGGGGAUUUUGGCCGAACAAAACCGAACCUCUGCAACCUGAUGAAAACUGUGACGGAUAUCCUUGAGCUAGAUGUUGAGUCUGUGGAUGUAGACUGGCCUCCAGCGAUAGAAGAUGAAGACACAUAUGAAUAGCACUUCACACUUUGCCUCAACAAGAAGCUAGACCCGAAACCCUGUACUACAGAUGUUAUAUUCUACCCAUUUUGAAGGGCUCUUGACUUUUUGUUACAUCGUACUCUAUAUGUAUUUCCAAUUUCAUUUAAAAUACAUACUAAUGUCCUUUAUGAUUGGUUAAAUAGCUGGAAGAACAAAAGUAACAAAAUAUUAUGUUUGCUGGAUUAAGUAAAGAUCCCUUUGAAAUCUUA